CCUUUCCUUCAUCCUCGAGAUCCAUGUCUUCUCUUCAAUCUCUUUACUCUCUCCCCCUUGCUCUCUUCCUCUGUUUGUUUCUCCUCUGCCUGGCCGAUGCGCGCCGGCCACGUCAUUACAGGCCAAGGCCUUACAGAACACUCUAUGUUGAUCAGACCGGCAAUGGAAACUUUUCUACUAUUCAGUCAGCCAUAGACUAUGUCCCAGAAAAUAACAAAAACUGGAUUUUUAUCAGAAUCACCGCCGGCACGUACAGGGAGAAGGUGAAGAUCCCUUAUAACAAACCAAAUAUUGUUCUCAAAGGAGCAGCCAAGAGAAGAACCGUGGUGGUUUGGGAUGAUUACCAAUCUCUUGCACAAAGCCCUACUUUCAUGUCUUUAGCAGACAACAUUGUUGUCAAAAGCAUGACAUUUGUGAAUUCCUAUAACAGUCCGAAUAGUAAUAGGCCUAUGACACCGGCCGUUGCCGCGAUGAUAACAGGGGAUAAGUGUUCCUUUCACCGGGUUGGGUUCAUAGGGUUGCAAGAUACCCUGUGGGAUGAUCAAGGCCGUCAUUACUUCCACCGUUGCACCAUUCAGGGCGCGGUUGAUUUCAUCUUUGGCAGUGGACAGUCCGUUUAUGAGAAUUGUGCCAUAGUGGUGCGUGGGGACACUUUGGAGCCAGGGCUUCCAGGCUUCAUUACAGCACAAGGAAGAACAAAUCCAACUGAUGGAAAUGGGUUUGUGUUCAAGAAUUGUGCUGUGUUUGGCAGUGGAUCAGCCUUCCUCGGGAGGCCAUGGAGAGGAUAUUCUAGAGUUUUGUUCUACAACUCUAGUCUUUCCCGUGUCGUUCAGCCUGGGGGAUGGGAGGCUUGGAAUUUCGUUGGCCAUGAGUGGCAGCUAACUUUUGCGGAGUUUGGGAACUAUGGCCCAGGAUCCAACAGUAGAAUGCGUGUGAAAUGGGCAAAGAAGCUGAGCCUUCAGGAUGUAAAUCAGUUGACAAGCAUGUCUUUUAUUGAUAGGGAGGGAUGGCUUCAGAGCCAACCCGUUUAGAUAUCUCAUGAUUCAGAUCAGUUUCAUGAAUGGUUAUUGGGCAUGCGAAAAGAAAUUCUGGACUUUUGU